AAUGUUGGGUAUGUAUGUCAGCCGCAAAGGUUUCUCCGGCCACCAAGUUCAGCCGGGUAAGAGAAGCCACCCGCUGAAGGACAGCCAGCUGCUCUUUAUAUACCACUCGCAUGGCAGUCGCUAUCAUCACUUGCAUCUCCAGACCCGACCACCACGCACAUCAUGAGCAACGGCAGGCAUUUGGCUAAAGGCUCACCCACGCCGGAUGUGCCCGAGGAUGGAAUCCUGCGGCUGUACUCCAUGCGCUUCUGCCCCUUCGCCCAGCGCGUGCACCUGGUGCUGGAUGCCAAGCAGAUCCCGUACCACAGCAUCUACAUAAAUCUCACAGAGAAACCGGAGUGGUUGCUGGACAAGAAUCCGCAGGGGAAGGUGCCGGCUCUGGAAAUCGUAAGGGAGCCGUGUCCACCGGUACUCACGGAAUCGCUGCUGAUCUGCGAGUAUCUGGACGAGCAGUAUCCACUGCGACCGCUCUAUCCUCGUGAUCCGCUCAAGAAGGUGCAGGACAAGCUGCUGAUUGAGCGAUUUGGAUCUGUGCUGGGUGCCUUCUUCAGGGCCUCCGAUGGCGGGGAACUGGAGCCCUUCUGGACUGGCUUGGAUACCUACGAAAAGGAGUUGAGUCGCCGUGGCACGGACUUCUUUGGCGGCGAGCAGACGGGCAUCCUGGACUACAUGAUCUGGCCCUGGUGUGAGCGUCUCGAGCUUCUAAAGUUGCAGCGCGGUGAGGAGUACAACUAUGAUGAGAAGCGAUUCCCGCAGCUGACUCUCUGGCUGGAGCGCAUGAAACGGGAUCCGGCUGUGAUGGCCUUCUACAUGGAGGCCGAGGUUCAAGCGGAGUUUUUGCGCACGCGCAGCCUGGGUCAGCCCAACUACAAUCUGCUGGUUAAGGAGGCCUGA